UGAUGAAAACAAAUAAGAAGUUUGCUAAGGAGAUUUCGAGGAGAGAGCAGAUUUUAAUUGAUUACAAGCCAGUAGAACUAAAGCAACCGAAAUUUAAAUAAGUUAAAGCUCUCGCAUAAGAAUGUCAAUCUUUCUAAAGAUGAAGGAUAUCUCACUUUGAGGCAAUCACGAAAGUUGAGAAGCACUAGUAGUAAGCCAAGGCCAAUGGAAAGAAGGCUCUUAGGUUCUAAAGUCAAGAAAAAUCGUAACAUUGAUAGCGUUUCCCUACCACGAAUCAAAAAUACAGCUCCCGACCAGAGUAAAGACGAAGAGUUUAAGACUAGAGUAAAGGUAUCUACAGAUAAUGCUGAUGAAGAUCUGAUACAAAGAAGGCCUAAGAAGAAGACAAAGAAGUCUACUAGGAAGAAGAAUAUUAUAUCAAGUGAUAAACCUCAUUAUCUCCAACCGAUAAACAGGGAUACUCAUAUAACAACAGUUAUGACUCCUCCGGAACAAGAAGAGAAGAAGAUUAGGAAGAAGAAAAAGGACAAAAAGAAGAAAACCCAAGAGCAGAUUGAGAGAGACGAUUUUGUAGAGGCCUUCCUCGAGAAGAACUCUCACGUCAUGCAUGUUAAAACACAGGAGUAUGGUCUUAAGUCGAAGAAAGGUAAAUUUAAAGAAUUCAACCUUAUGACUGAUGAAAGAGCUAUUGAGCAUGAGAAACACGAAAAACAGAAGAAGAGCCUCAACAAGUCAAUGCCUCUGGACCUAAAGAGGAAGUUCACUCAAGAAGAGAAAAAGGAGAAAACUAAAGCUAAGGAUAAGGAUAAGACAGUGAAUAUUAAAGAAGAGACUAAAAAUCCUAAGAAGUCCAAAAAGACUAAGAAUUUAGACAUGGCUAAAGCAGCGACUGUGCCUACAAAGCCAGAGCCAUUCCUAGACUUUGAGAAAGACCUUGAAAUUGGGGAUAACUUUAUAAUAGAGUCUGAGCUCACCAAGGAGCAACUAGCAGAGUGGAACUCCCUGAAGGAUCCAGAUGAUGCAGAGGACCUAUCUGAGAAUGAACUUAAAUAAAAUAGAGAAGAAGUUUCAGUACUGUUAUAAAGACCUGAAUAAAAAGAAGGCAACCAAACUUAUGGAAGAGCCAAGUUUAAUUUCUAUCGAGGCUAUCGUGCAGAACCACCCAGCUCUGAAGUUCCUUUGCCAUGACCAAGUUGUGAAUAUCCUGAAGGAAAGAGAUAUAGAAUCGAUUAGGAUGAAAAAGCAAGUUAUUCCUAAAAAGGCAAAACCAGAUAGGAUAUACUUCGUACUAUUCGGCCUGAUCCGACUUAAAGAAGCUACCCAAGAUGAGUAUUAUGGAAUAUGCAAGGUUGGAUGGCCUAUUGGUGAAGAAGUCCUCCUCGAGUCUGCAGAAGCCCACUACGAUACUGCUCAGGCUGGAAAUACCGCUGGAGUAAUCUACAUAACACUUGAAGAACUUGAAAAGAUCAAAGAGGGUACUUCUCCUGAAGAAUAUGAGAGGUUUAUCAAGAGACUCAAAAAGUUUAGCUUCCUUAAGAAAAUUAUGAGGAAGGUCAACCUUGAAAAAGAUGACUAAGUUUUCAAUAUUUUAUA